UUGAAGAAUGAGCCAGUGAGAGAAAAGGAGUACGAUUCACAGUGAAGAAUAUAUUUUAAUUACCGCCAAUUAUGUUCAUUUGAUAGUAUUUUGAAACUGCUCUCGCUCGCUCAGGUUUUAUACGACUAGUACGCAUAGUUACAUACCUUCUAGAGUUGAUUGUUUAUGUUUAUUAACAGAUUAAUGUGAGUCUCAUCCGCUAGUUGGUUAGCAGAGCGCCUUCACCGCUGCGAUGAUGGAAACUUGAGCAGCUCAAAGCAAACACUCAUCCAGCUUCUCGGGCCACCCAAACACAGGACCCCUGUGCAGGCAGGCAGCAAAAUGCAGACCAUAAAGUGUGUUGUCGUUGGUGAUGGUGCAGUGGGAAAGACUUGCCUGUUGAUCUCCUACACCACUAAUGCCUUCCCAGAUGAGUACAUUCCGACGGUGUUUGACAACUACAGCACUCAGACCUGUGUGGAUGGUCGCGCUGUCAGCCUUAACCUGUGGGAUACGGCCGGUCAGGAGGAGUAUGACCGCCUGCGAACCCUCUCUUACCCACAAACGCACGUGUUCAUCAUCUGUUUCUCCGUGGCCAGUCCUUCCUCUCAUGCCAAUGUUAGGCAUAAAUGGCACCCAGAAGUGUGCCACCACUGCCCAGGCAUACCUGUGCUGCUGGUGGGCACUAAGAGAGACCUGCGUGUGGACAAGGAGACCUUGGAGAAGCUGAAGGAGCAGGGAAUGAGUCCAACCACCCCGCAGCAGGGCAGCACGCUGGCUCGCAGCAUCGGUGCGGUCCGAUAUCUGGAGUGCUCCGCACUUCUGCAGGAGGGAGUCAGAGAGGUCUUCAACGAGGCUGUUAGAGCUGUUCUCUACCCCAACGCAAAGAAGCAUACCAAGAAAUGUGUGCUGUUAUAACUACC